CUAAAUUUUUGUUCCAUGAUUCUCACAUCCUGCUGUAAGAUUAACCAGGGUUGUGGUUUUCAGAAGGAACUACCUGUCUUGACGAGACUUGUUUUUUUUUGAUUGACCAACACAGAUAACAGCUGUGGUUUCCUACUCUGUUUAAAGUGAUACUUUUGCUAUUGGAGUUAUUGCACUUCUCUGCACCUACUUUAAACAAGACCUGUCGUAAGCAGAGACAACAUCGAUUGUGACGAGACCUGCAGAGGAGAUGGAGAUAAAAGUUUUCAUUCUUAUUGUUUUGUGUUUAGUUCUGACAAGGCAGGAGGAGGAGAACGCAUCGGGAACAGAUGAAGACUAUUAUUCCACGCUGGACUAUAACUCGUCUGAACCCUGUGACAUCUAUGUGCCUGGAUUCAGCUCCCUGGGCCUGAUGGUCACCUACUUCAUCGUGUUUGCCUUCAGCGUGAUAGGCAACGCUGUCGUGGUCUACGUGGUUGGCUCCAUGACGAAGGGCAGAGCCAGCACGGACGUCUACCUGAUGCACCUGGCGCUGGCGGACCUCGUGUUCACGCUCACGCUCCCCUUCUGGGCGGUGGAACAUCACUUCGGCUGGAUCUUCCCCGGCUUCCUGUGCAAAGCGCUGUCGGGCUUGCAGGAGGCGUCCGUGUACAGCGGGGUCUUCCUGCUGGCCUCCAUCAGCGUGGACCGCUACUUCGCCAUCGUGCGGGCCACGCGCGUGCUGCCCUCCCACCACCUGCUGGUGACGGUGGUGUGCAGCGUGACGUGGCUGGCGGCCGCGGCCCUGUCUCUGCCCGUGAUUAUUCAGAGGGAGAGCGCGUACGACGAAUACCUGGAGAAAAGCAUCUGCUUCGAGAAUAUGACCGGCGAGAGCCGCGGCCGCUGGCGCGUGGGCAUCAGCGUGCUGCGCCACACCGUGGGCUUCUUCCUGCCGCUGGCGGUGAUGGCCGUGUGCUACGGCUGGACCGUGGCGACCCUGUUCCACGCGCGCAAUCAGCAGAAGCGGAAGGCGAUGCGCGUGAUCCUGGCGGUGGUGCUGGCCUUCGUGCUGUGCUGGCUGCCGUAUAACGUGGCCGUUCUGCUCGACACGCUCAGCCGAGGCGGGGUGUUCGAGAUCAAGACGUGCGGCGCUCAGUACGCGCUGGAGGUGGCGCUGGAGGUGACCAAGGUGUUGGCCUUCACGCACUGCGCCGUCAACCCGGUGCUGUACGCGUUCAUCGGGGAGAAGUUCCGCAACCAGCUGCUCUCGGCCCUGUUCAGACACGGCCUGAUCAGCAAGAGGCUCCGGGUGGCCUUCUCGAAAACCUCCGCCACCAGCGCAGGCAGCCUCCGGUCCAGAAACACCUCUGUCACAAUGUAGGGAGGUCACAUUAUGCGUUACAACACACCAGACAAUGAAAUAUGAAUAGAAAAAUAGGUUUGCAGCCCCGUAUGGUAAUGUGUGUGUGUGUGUGUUCUAUACGCAUAGCUACUAGUUGGACUAUUCUUCGAAAAUAUUUUCACCUCUGUGUUAUUUGAUGCUGAGAGGUUUAAAAUAAUAAUAUAAGUCAUUUACUGUAACUGUCAGAUGUGGGAAAACAGCUCAGGGACCUUAAAACCCUGUAAAACAGGAGCUGUUAAUAGAGUUGAUUUAAUGGGAAGCCAUACUUUCUACUUAAUAGAGAGUUUAGUGCUGUUUUUGUACAAAGCUUAAAGGACAAAGAUGAGUUUUUUUCAGUUUGUAAAUAAUGUGGUAUUAACGUUUCAGUUUCUUAGGCAGGAAGAGGUGAUUACAUCAGGUUUCUGUUUCCAAAGCAUACUUUUGCUCUGACUAUUCAUUUUAGUGCCAUUAAAUGCUAUAUUUUCCCACAACCUAACCCGUUAAAAUCACCCCAGACUGUGAUUAUUCUGAUUCAAUCUGUCUGGUUUAUUUACCUGAAUGUUUACGCUCACAUCCAGGGAGUCAAUGAGCACGUGUGAGGGCGGAAUGAAGACAGAAAAAGAAAUGGAGCAAGAGCUGUACAGUAUAUUGCAAAAUCUAAUUAUGAAAGGGAUGUUUUUAUAAGUUCCAAAUAUAUUAACGCUCUAUUCUAUUAUUUUCCUCAAACACUAUGUUUUCUAAAUGAUGUAGAGUUUGUGUUCUUAAUCUUCUAGGCGUAUCUGCACUGCUUAUAGUUUGAUUUGAUGUAACAUUUUCAAUAAAACCUAAACCUUG